GCUGGUUGCCUUCUUCGCCCAGCUGGAACUGCUCUCAGGGGUUUCCCUAUGGAUGGGAGAUGGCGACUAAUAAGGACGGCAGAAGUUACUACAUCAACCAUGUGACCCAGUCAACAAGCUUUGAAGACCCUCGACUCGAGGGAAGCCAGGUUGUACAGCCAACUUCUCGGAGGAUCGAGAUGAAGCGGGAUCCAGUGCUGGGCUUUGGGUUUGUUGCGGGCAGUGAGAAGCCAGUUGUUGUGCGGUCUGUGACACCAGGUGGGCCAUCUGAAGGCAAGCUGAUACCGGGAGACCAAAUAAUAAAGAUAAAUGACGAACCUGUCAACACAGCUCCCAGGGAGAGAGUCAUUGACCUUGUAAGGAGCUGCAAGGAAUCAAUCAUCCUGACAGUCGUUCAGCCCUAUCCUUCUCCCAAGUCAGCUUUCAUGAGUGCUGCCAAGAAGGCAAGGUUGAGAUCUAAUCCUGUGAAAGUACGCUUCUCUGAGGAAGUCAUCAUCAAUGGUCAGGUCCCGGAGACUGUCAAAGAUAAUUCCCUCCUAUUCAUGCCGAAUGUUCUGAAAGUUUAUCUUGAGAAUGGGCAAACUAAAUCAUUUCGAUUUGACAAUAGCACAACAAUGAAGGACGUGAUCCUGACACUUCAGGAAAAACUGUCCAUUAAAUGCAUUGAGCAUUUCUCACUGAUGCUGGAACAGCGCAUUGAAGGAGAGCCAAACAAACUUCUUCUACUUCAUGAUCAGGAGACCCUUACUCAGGUAACACAGAGACCAGGAUCCCACAAGAUGAAGUGUCUUUUCCGGAUCAGCUUUGUCCCGAAGGAUCCUAUUGAUUUGCUACGGAGAGAUGCAGUUGCUUUUGAGUAUUUGUAUGUUCAGAGCUGCAAUGACGUGGUGCAGGAGAGGUUUGGGCCUGAGCUGAAGUAUGAUGUGGCUCUCCGACUCGCUGCUUUGCAGAUGUACAUCUUGACUGUCAGCACCAAGCAAUCCCAGAAAGUCUCUCUCAAAUACAUCGAGAAAGAAUGGGGCCUUGACACUUUCCUCCCUCCCAUGGUUUUACAAAGUAUGAAAGAGAAGAACGUUAAGAAAGCACUUACCCACAUACUGAAAGCAAACCAAAAUCUUGUUCCUCCUGGCAAAAAGCUCUCUGCAUUACAAGCCAAGGUGCACUACUUAAAGUUUCUCAGUGACCUGCGAUUGUAUGGAGGCAGAGUUUUUAAAGCUAUGCUGAUGCAAGGGGAGAAGCACUCUGAAGUCACAUUAUUAGUCGGGCCAAGGUAUGGAAUAAGCCAUGUGAUUAAUGCAAAAACACACCUGGUGGCCCUGCUGGCUGACUUCAGCCACGUGAAUAAGAUCGAGAUGUUCUCGGAAGAGGAAAACAAUGUGAGAGUUGAACUGAAUGUGCUGGAUGUCAAGCCCAUUAUAUUAUUAAUGGAGUCAACGGAUGCAAUGAACCUUGCCUGUUUGACAGCUGGGUAUUACAGGCUGUUGGUGGACUCUCGUCGCUCCAUAUUUAACAUGGCUCAUGGAAAAUGCAUUGCAAAUAAUGAAGCAGGCUCGGAGUACAAGACUAAACAUGACAUGCACAAUGUAGAAUGGAACUAUUUACCGAAGAGUUCAUGCUAUAACAGGCCUAAGAAAGAAGAUGGUCAAUCAUCGUCUAUGAGAGAAACAAAGCAUGAAAAUGUAGAUUUCUCAGAUAGUCCAAUUUACCAUGAAGAUUCAAGGGGGAUUUUAAUAAGUGAAAUCACAGAUGUUAAUGAUCAUAGGCAUCUAGGUGCUGAAUACAUGGACGCUGUGGAAGCUGAAAACAAAAACUUCAACAGGAUGCCUCGUUCUGGGAAAGAGUCUACCAAAACGGUACAGGAAACUCCAAGAGGAGCUAAGGUAUCCUUUGUCUUUGAGGACCACAAUGUUGCUAUCUUUAACCCAAGAAACCUUGGUUAUGAAAGAUUGUUGGAUGAUAGUCCCAGCAAUUUGGACCAACAAAUGUACUUGAACAACGCAAGCGACAUUAAAUGCCAAGACUUCUCAUUCCCAGGGAUUGAUGUAGAUAACAUUGAUUCAAAUGCUGUGUAUGCAAACAUCAAUGAUAGCAGAAUGUUUGCAAAUGCAGAAAGCAUUGAAGAACCAUUGUUACAUGACAUCUGCUACUCAGAGACCACAGAUGAUGCUGAGGAUGAAGAUGAAGCCAGCUGUGAGGAGGAUAUCCCUCUUGGUGAGGUGGACAAAAUGGACAUCCUGAAUAUUUCUGGAUCGAGUGAUGACAUAAUUGACUUAACUUCACUUCCUCCCCCUGGGGGUGAUGAUGACGAUGAAGAUGACUUUCUGCUGCAUUCUCUGAAUGUAGCAAUAGCUGCCCCUCCUCCUGGCUUCAGAGACAACAGCUCGGAUGAAGAAGAUAGCCAGCAUCAGCCGGCACAAAGCUCAGGAAAUGAUAGCCAAAGCAAAUGUUCCACAAGUGAUGACAUCCCUGUGUCACUCAUAGAUGCCAUUCCUACGCAGGCUGAAGAGCAGAGUGGUGAGCAGGCACUGGAUGACGCUGUGGUUUCAACCUUGCAAGCCCUGGAGGAGCUGGCAGCUUCCGAGGAGCAGUCUGUUCAGCAAACGGAUGACAGCUCAGGUGUAGUGAUAUUAAGAGCUUAUAGUCCUGAGUCGUCAUCGGAUUCUGGCAAUGAAACAAACUCCUCUGAAAUGACUGAAAGCUCUGAGGUAGCCUCAGCGCAGAAGCACUCUGAGGGUUCCAUGCACAUGCUUGUGGCCACCAGCGAAGGCUAUCAACAACUUCAAGAAGAGCAAACUGAGUUCCCGAUUUCUCAGAGCGAGAACGUAGGGCCCACUUCCAAAGUGAUUCCAAAAGUCACGCAUUGCUUGAGCACUCAGCGAGGAACCAGUGCAAAGUCCAAAGCUGUGCCUUCGAAGCAAAUUCUUCCUUCCGAGGAAAUUGAAAUGGAGCCGGAAACAAUGGAGACAAAAUCUGUCACGGACUACUUCAGCAAGCUGCAGGUGGGGUCUCUGAUGUAUUCAUGUUCAAGUAAGCAAAAGUGCAAGGUGGGUGAUACUAGCAUCAAGAUAGCAGUUGAUGGUAGUGUAUCAAUGAAAAGGCAACAUGCAAACAAAAAGAUGGAAGUGGGUGAUGACUUGUCAACUAACAGCAAGUACAACACACUGGUCGGAAAGAAUAGCCAACGCACAACCACCUAUGACUUAGAGAGCACUACUUUCCGAAAAGAGACACAAAGGUGGUUUCAAGUGUCAGGAGAAAAAAUGAAUGAUAAGCACAUCCCAGGGUUAAUUAAUGGUAAAAACUUUCACAAAGCUUGCCUAGUUUCUAGAACUGAACUUGAUGAGAAAGAAACUGAUGCUGAAAUGGAUGACCGGUGCUCCCUGGCCAGCACUUCAGGGCUUGGACGUGAUGAGAGCUUUCUUUCUGAUACUACCUACGGGUCUUCCGCCAAGCACCUGACUGAUUCAGAUGAUACUGAGCUUUUCCCUGAUGAUCACUCUUCAGAGCUUCCCGAAGCUGAGCAGAGUGUGACUCGACUUUGUGAAUAUCAUAUGACAAAAAGAAUGUCUUCUUUACAAAGUGAGGGCCAUUAUUCUCUGCAGAGCUCCCAGUGUUCUUCAGUAGAUGCACCCUGCAGUACGAGCAGUAGCACAUGCGCCACUCCAGUGGACUCUCCCCAUUGUACCACUGAAAUUAAACACAUUCUAUCAGAGUCUUCUCUAAAGAGUCUUGGUUACAUUUCAGAAGAUCAGCGAACACUUUUGCUUCAAAGUCAUGGAACGUCCUAUAAAGAUCUGCAUCCCCAAGCUGAAGCCGUGUGUCACAGAAGAACAACCCAUAACACGCAUGCACCUUCAAAUGCUGAACCUAUAUUUGGUACCAUACGUGACGGGUGCCACCGAGUACCCAAGAUUAAAGAAACCACAGUGUAGCUUGCACAGAGCCUGAGCAAGGAGGAAGAGGAGGUGCAACUUCAGCUUUCAGUAAUCAGUUCAAAGGCGACAACAUUCCCCUGCCAUCAAACACUUGCAAUGACACAAAGGUGCCAACUACCUGCCAAGAGUC